CAUAAAAUAAUGUCAGCGGGAAAAAUAACACGCGUGGGCUUGGGCCAUUAGACAAACUAUUGGUUGUGCAUUAUACAGCGACGUACACACAUUCGGAGCUUGUAUACUGCCUACAUUUAUUUCACUUUGAAGAAAUUUAUAUACUGUGAAGUAGCAAUAUCUACCCUAGAUUUGUAUGAAGUCCGUCACAGUAUAAAAACAUGUUUGUUCCAAACCAAAAUAAUUGGGUUUUGCCAUCCCUGAGCGUAUUUACUUGUAUAACCGCAAUUUCUCGAUGCAUCCUGCUGUUGCACUGCUUCGCAAACGUACGGAAAUGGGAAUACACAAAGCUGUUAUGACGGAUGAAUGAUAAUUUCAGUGAUGUAUUUCAACUACUUAUCUCGCGCUUUUUCCCGUCCAUCGCUCUUUUAUGGAGUUUUGAGUUAGAUCAAGCCCUUACAAUGUUCAAUGUCUUGGACCGUCUUCGCACGCUCAGGAGCGAGGAACCUUUGAAAUAUCAACGCAUUUGCAGCAGGUUGCUAGAAAUCCAAGGAACUGGUCAAACGCGAGAUAUCAAUGACGAGGGAAGUAGCAGAGACCACAUCGAGCGAACUAUCGAGAUCAGGAAAGCCACAGACGAUUUCUUCUCUCGCUUGGCUACUAUCGAUCGUACAAAUGAGCAUUUCUGGAAAACAAUUGGAAAUCGCUGGUACGGUCAAGCCGAAGAGAGCGAUCUUCCGCAAUCCGAACAUUCCAUUAGCAGAAAAGGCAAAGCGAAACGACGCAGAGGUCAAGAGCAGCUAAUCAGAAGCAUUCUUCUAUCUACGCAUCCACCAGAAACCCUGCGACUUAUUCUCGAGCACAACCAUCCGCAGCGUGUCCUAAAGAAGCUGCUGCUGAACCGCAAUAAACGUUCCGUGUUAUAUGGCAUACGCAUGAAAUACGGACUGCCGCUACCCGCAUAUCUGAUUCCAAAGCAGGAAUUCCAGACUCGUGGAAAUAUACAAACGAGUGCCUCAGACGAGGACAGGGUGCGCAUACGAAAAAGGCAGAGGAAAAGUAGGCAGUCAUCUUCCAGCGAAGGGCGGCGGCGCUCGUCUGUCGUAGAAGAACUACUCACUAUCGCUCCUGAUCCACCUGCAUCGGUUUCAAUGCAGCAGUUAACCGAAGAAUUAUACUAUCCUAAUAAAGACCGGAAAAGGCGCAGAAGCAGCCGUGGAAGAAGACACUCUCGUGGCGGUAGAUAUUCUGCUGAAAGGAACGUCAGUGAUGAAAAUGAACCAUCGGAGAAUGAUGUUCUUAAUCCAUUUGGACUGAACGAUGAUUUUCUCCCCGAUGUAUCGGAAACGAUUAGUGAGGAUAACGGAAAAAAUCAACUCAGUAAAUCCAAAAGUGCCGCUGAUACACUAAAAGUGGAUUUUGAGAAUCAGGACAUGCCGGCACAAGGUCGCACGUCUUCGACCGCAGUGCUCGAGGAUACCAGCGGAGGCAUGGAUCAGUACCGAUUGCAGCGGCUGAAGAUAAUUUUUGAGGAAUCCGACACGGACGACGAACCAGGGUUGGACAUCAAUGAAUUCAAGCAGGCUAUGAAGAAGAUCAUUGGGGAGAGUGUGCCCGAAAGGGAAAUUGAACUAAUCUUCAUGAAAGUGGAUGCUAACUGUGAUGGAAAUGUGGAUUGGAAUGAGUUUUUAGAAUACACAUUGCGCGAAUUCCAGGAAAGGGACCUCAUGACACAGUUAACAAGAGACGCGUUCUUCGAAAAGCAUCCUACGGUCAUUCCGGGUUCUAGAAAUCAGCGGGAGAUAAGGGCCGUCGUUUACGCGUCACCACACGGCACUAGCAGAGCAGCCAGGGACUUGGGGAACGGGCGGUACUUUUCCAUGAAUCGGGAAGGUGAGGUCAUCUGCUGGUCCACUGAAUUCAAAAAAAUCGCAAGACACGAUUUAAUUCCGGACAUUCGAGGCCGCAAUGUGUAUAUACGAGCCAAUGAUAUGUGCGUUAUGCCGGAAAUCAAAACACUGGUGGUCAGUCUUACCACCGGCGACGUGGAAUUUUACGCAUACGAUGAUAACAAGCUUGAACUUUAUUUUCGCAUCAGCAGCCUGAAGAGUCCAGUGCUAUGUAUGCAUUACCAUUACCAGGAAAAUGACAGUCUGCUUCUGCUUGGUGAUCAAGCCGGCAUGGUCAGCGCUAUACGAUUUCGUAAUUUGUUUUAUGAUGGUCUAUGGGGAAGUCUGCAGCUACGGCACUCACACGAUCCAAGAGUUACCUGGGAUUUCCUAGUAAAGAAAGGCAAAGCGUACCAUAUUAAAGGGCAGUUUGGUAAAGACUGGAUUAGUCAAGUUCGAUUCUUUUCUGGAUUGAACGCGGUUGUCGCAUGCAGUGAAGAUCCGCAAUAUUCAAUGGCGGUCAUCCCGCUCGGCAAGCAGCGUGAGCCAACUUAUUUCAGUCAGAAAUACGGAUUUAGCUGCUUCGAUUACAGUGAUUUUCUGAAUGUAAUCGCCACCGGCUCGAAGAAUCGCUCGGUGCAAGUAUGGAAUCCGGAUAAUCCUCUGACUUCCACUAUGCAUUUUGACGGGCACGAAGCGGGUGUCGACAAAGUUGUUGUUUGCCGAGAUGCGGAUUUCCUCGUGGCAAUCAGCCUUGAUUCUAACCAAACCGUCAAAGUGUGGGAUUUUAAGGAUCAAUCCUGUCUACAAACAUUCAGCGCCAAAGAUCUCACCAUUCCUCAUUAUGUUGGGACAUUUCUGACAUAUAAUCCCAUGCUAGAACAUCUUGUAUACGGAUCGCGUGAUAUGCUGAUGCUGAAGCGAGUCGAUCUGCACAAGCAGGGUCCAGUAGACCGUUUCCAGAAGACUCACGACGAACCAAUAGUGGCGGCACUGUACAACGAUUUGUUUGAGUGUAUUGUGACGGCCUGUCAGGAAUCAACGAUUAUGGUGUGGAACUUUCUUACUGGCGAUAAAAUUAUACAGUUCCGCAAUGCACAUACCGUCGUACACAACGGCAACACCGUACAAGUGCCGAUUAAAAGCAUGUGCUUUGAUGCAAACCAACGCCGAUUGCUGAGCUGCGGAUCGGACGGAAUUAUUAAAAUCUGGAAUUUCAAUAACGGCGCAUGCUUAUCGUCAUUUGACCAUUUGUCGGGCGCCGACCUGAACGUCGUACGCUACCAAAAAAACCGUGAUCUGGUAAUGUCAACCGGGUGGAAUCAGUAUGUGUUCAUGGUGCGGGACACCCGAGGGGAGGAUGAGGUCGACGAGACUGUUUAUGAAUGGGAAAAAAUUCACCGAUCAGACAUCACGGUGAUGGAAAUAAUAUAUUCUUCGGACGAUGUUGAUUUGACAUUGAGUAAAACAGCUUCCGACGAAUAUCUAGAGCCGGAAAUUAGGCCAUCUAGUCAGGCGUCCUAUAUUCCGUCCAAAAUUAAAAGGAAAAGUUUCGAAGACCUGCAAUUUCUGGACAAAGAACCCGAGAUUUCUUCGGGGCAUUCAACGAACGGCAGCAACAGACAACUGCCGAAAGUGAGUAAGGAAGAAAUCUUUGCGGUGGCUAGCGUUCACGAUGAAGAGGAACAGACAGAACAAAAUAAGGAAACUGGCGCAUCUGAGAGUGGGGUGGAGGACAUUAGUGAAAGCGACGAUAGCGAAGCCAGCAGCGCCGCUGAACGACGAAAGCUGUCUGAUGAUGGCUCGUACGCAGUUACUGGCAGUUCAGAUGGAGAACUGAUUGUCUGGCAUCUCUUCAGCGGGCAACCCAUCUGCUGCCUGAAUACCGAUGGCAACCCAUUAGCCUUGUCAAGAAUGGCCAGAAAUACUCAUGCCGGUCUGCUGAUUAACGAUUUCCCAAAAGUGGAGCUCAAAGAUAGCGGCAGCUUAGAAACAUUUUUGAAUUUGCAAACAGCACAGCAUACUACACCACUGCGCAAAAAUCUUAUGGUGAGCCCAGACGAUGCCAUCAGUAUUCCUAAAACAGCAUUGCAGUCCAGGACUACAGUGACUGCUAUCCUGAUUUUGGAAAAGCGACCACUCAAUGAUGGGCACACAGCUUGUCUCAUCACUGCAUCCACCGAUGGAUUUAUAAGGGCGUGGUCGAUUCACCACACAAACGGAGGACUAAAAGCUCUGUUUUUUGCUGGUCAUCGUAUAGGCUCAUUCGUUCAAACAAUGACCACCGAUCCGGAAAACGAGCUUCUGUUCACCGGUGACACCAAUGGUUACGUGAAGGUUUGGCUGUUGUGUGAAUGGGCUCAAUCGGACAAGCAUUUAUUCCACCACCGGCAUGGUUUUGAUCCGCGGCAUUUCCCGUUCAUCAAGCGACACAAGUUCUUCUCGCCGGUUAUAGCAUUUCGAGCCAAUCAUAUCAUGCAGCAAACCGUAUCUACCCUGCCCUCAUCCCAACGUGGAUAUUAUCAGCAACCAUACUUACUGAACUCGUACCAAGCACAUCUUCUUCGCAUAACGCAAAUUCAGAUUGUGCCAGGAAAAUCUGUGAUUAUUACCGGCUCCGCGGACUGUUCAGUACGUUUGUGGCAUUUUUCUGGUUUGUAUCUGGGAACACUCGGCCAACCGCUUGAUUUCGGGCAUGAAGUUGGCAGAUCGUCACAGACACUGCCGGAGAUUACAUCGACAACCGAUCUCGACGACGAAAACUUUCUUAAUGAGGACGAAGACCCCGAUGAGAUCGUACUGAAACCGAAAGUUAUUGUCCCAGUGGAUCUUGCCGUACGUGGAAGCGCGGUCACUCUCAAUGUUCUUCACACUACUCAGCAUAAGCGUACCAUUGUCCCGGAGAGUGCACUGAGGGAGUUAAACGAAAGUGAACCGGCUUCUGGGCAUGACUUGCACCCUCGAGCGGACUACAUCGCGGCACUUGGCGAACUGCAAAUAAAAAAGCAACCGACUAAAGACGUCCCGUUAGAAGCGGUGACCUAUCCAAGCUUUCGGGAGAAUGAGAAAGGACAAGAAGACCUAGUCUUUUCUCAUGUACCUCUGAAGAACAUCGUGCAUGUUGGCGGGCUAAAAGAUGUUGUUCCGGAAAAGCUGUUCCAGUUUAAUUUGGGAAAUACGCAGGCUGCACUGUUAGAGAAAUUGCCACCUGAUCUCAAACAGCCGUUUCUCAGUCUAUACAAAGCUGGACAUCUCACUGGCAAUGCUCUAAAUGAUCUUGCGCAGCUGGUGAUUACACGGGAAAAUGGCCUUAGAGUACCCAGAGCCACUAACCAGCUACGCUUGCGGGUGGAGAAAAAGGUCCGACUACGCGAAGGCCGGCGCUCCCGCUCGACACAGAAUCAUGAAAAGACUCCUACAGGAAAGCAACGGCAACCGUCUGGUGCGAGACCGAAUACUACGUCUUCAGCUACUCCCCAUGAAAAACAUACCAAGGGAAGGGGUGACAGAUCAUCCAGUCAAGGCACCCCCGAAAAGAGCGAACAUGAUCGCGAAGUGCCGAUGCGAAAUUAUGGGAUUCAUGCCUCCGCACUAAAGGAAGGCAAAGUGCCUGCAAAGAAACUAUUGAAAGUUAAGAGUAAGUGGCAGAAAGUUGUGCCAUUGAUUCGCGCUGUCACACUGGUCAAGUCAACGGUCAGCAUUGAGUCCUCGGAAGAAUCGAUGGGACUAGUAACAGGAAGGCCUUCCGAGCUUAACCGUACAUUACUGACCAGAAUGCGCGAAUCAGAGCAAGAGUUCGUUGAGCCCCUGGCCAACGAGCAGCGGCGGAAUGCGAAAUUUGAAUAUUUAGAUAUAGUGGAGCACGGCGGCUCCGAUACUGAACAAGCACGACCAUAUCUUCCGACUAUAAGAAGAGAUGCCGAUUUCUACAAGGAACUCACGCAGGCAGAUGCCGCGCGAAUACUGGUUACCAUUGGUGGAAAAAAGAAAACAAUCAUCAAGAAAGUACGGAGCAACGCAUCUAUGGACCAGAUUCAGAGAGUUUACAAAAUGGUGGAUUUUGGUUCCGGAAGAAAGAGUGAUACGAAGCGAGGUGCGCUCGGGCUUAUGGUGCCGCCCGAACCGCGACGCUUGCCCAGUAUUAUCAAAGGUCAAAUCAAUAGUUCGGGAAAGCGAAGUCUUGCGGAGAUUGAUCUGUUGGCGCAUGAAGAAGAUGCUGGUGUUAAAAAUCAGAAUAUCUGGGGUGAUCAAGAGUCUUUACCCAUAUUCCAAACAAAGAUCAGCACACUGAGCGUACAUGGGAAACGAAAAUCCAUCCAGCAUGCAACCCGAACAGAGAUGUUGAAAGAAGCUGGCGAACGUCUGGGAUACUACAUAGAGAAGUCUCCGGGACUUAAAUCAAAGGUUCAUCGCACCACUGCAGCAAUUGUUUCAAGGUUAAAGCAGCGAGGCGGAGUGUUUCCCAAACAGCGACCAUUUACAAACCGGUAUCUGUACCGACAGCUUUCUGAUUCGGUGCUGCUGCCGCAUGAUCCGUAUCGAAAAGACGAUCACUCACCGCCAAGGACACUUGAGGACUACCUGCGUUAUGAACUGGAGCAAACUGUGGCUCAAAAUGCCAUAAAGAGUUAGCUUCAACCUAGCUCCUAAAAGAUUAAGUGAAGCCAGCAACGAAGAUUUUGGCGAAAGACCCUGAGAAGUACAACAUAGUUCAGCCAGACAGUU